AAAGAUAACGCAGAUAUUUUGCUAGAAUUUUCAAGAUCAGAUGGAAAAAUGGAAAAGAAAAAUGACGAAAGAUUAAUUUCUAGAAAUAUUAAAUUCUUAAAUACAGCUUAUGAAAUUGUUAACAUUUUAUUAAAUACUAUAGAAAGUAUUGAUACAGAUCCCUCAACGAAAUUAGAAAUUCGAACAAAAGGUUUUCAAUUAAAUGAGAUUAUCAAUGAUCCAUUGGCAUCAUCAGAGUUUAAUAAAUACAAAUACA